AUGGAAGCUUAUGUGGCAAUAUUAGAAAAGAUAACUUAUCUUGUCGCCCUGCUUUUUCUGGUAAUAGGGUUGUGCACCCCAAUUGUUGUUGAGGCCAAACAUGUGAGCAUCAAGAACAGGCUGGGAUCUGGGAAGAACAUGACCCUGCAUUGUAAAUCCAAAGAUACUGAUCUGGGUGACCAUAGUAUAGCAUAUGGGGAUGAGUUUGGGUGGGACUUCCAUGACGACGUUGUCGGAACCACACUCUUUUACUGUGAUUUGGAGUGGGAGAGAGUUCAGGAGUACCAUUUUGAUGCCUAUGACUUCCACAGGGACUUUGUCCGAUGCGGCGGUGAUGGAUGUUCAUGGCUGAUAUCUGCUGAAGGCAUGUAUGGUUCAAAUAGUCAAACAGAGCUCUGGGAAUUCAUGUACUAUUGGCCAAACUGA